AAGAAGAUAGUUAAUGAAGUUUAGCAUCUGCAACAUUUCACAUGCUCGAAAAAAUUGCUAUAAAUUGGACGGUGCGUUAUUGUUUGAUUAGUCACAAGAUGAAGGUUGUUGCAGUAGCAGCAGAGUUGUGCAUUUUCUUGCUCUCCGCGUCUUGCCUUCUACUCCUUUCUUCAGGGUUUCUACUCCAUUCUAAACCUUAUGAUUAUUCUGCUACUACUCAGUGUGUGAAAGAACCUCAUAGGGCACAAUAUGGAGGAGGCAUUAUAGUAAAUCCAGGGUUUGAUCAUAACAUUAAGGGUUGGACUGUGUUUGGAAAUGGAACAAUUGAGGAACGGAUAUCAAAUGACGGCAAUAGAUUCAUUGUUGCUCGCAACAGAACACGAGCAUUGGAUGGUUUCUCUCAGAAGGUUCAUCUGAAGAAAGGACUGAUAUACAUUUUUUCUGCUUGGCUUCAGCUGAGUGAAGGAAGUGAGAUUGUUUCGGUUGUUUUUAAAACAAAUGGAAGUGAAUCGGUACAUGGUGGUCAUGUCAUAGCCAACCAUGGAUGCUGGUCUCUGCUAAAAGGGGGCAUUGUUGCUAACUUUUCAACCCCUGCUGAGAUUCUUUUUGAGACUGAGAAUCCAACUGUGGAAUUAUGGGCUGAUAACGUGUCCUUACAACCAUUCACCAGAAAGCAAUGGAGAUCACACCAAGACGACAGCGUUGAGAGGGUACGUAAGAGCAGGGUGAGAUUCCAGGUAACUCAUCCAAACGAAACAGUGUUGGAAGGAGCAACUGUUGUUAUCAAACAAACAAGGGCAAAUUUUCCAUAUGGGUGUGCGAUGAACCAUAAUAUCCUCACAAACAGUGAGUACCAGAAAUGGUUUGUUUCAAGAUUCAAAUACACAACUUUCACCAAUGAGAUGAAAUGGUAUAGUACAGAGAAAAUUCAAGGCAAGGAAGACUAUACUAUCCCAGAUGCCAUGUUACAAUUUGCCAAAGAAAAUGGCAUUUCUGUGAGAGGUCAUAACAUUUUGUGGGACAGUGAAAAACGUCAACCUCACUGGGAUUUGUCCCUGUCUCCAGACGAAUUACGAGUAGCAGCUGAGAAAAGAAUGAAUUCUGUUGUCUCAAGGUAUAAAGGACAACUUAUUGCAUGGGAUGUCGUGAAUGAGAAUGUCCAUUUCCACUUUUUUGAGGACAAACUCGGCGAAAAUGUCUCUGCAGAAUAUUAUUCAGCAGCUUACCAUCUUGAUCCAAACACCAAGAUGUUCAUGAAUGAGUAUAACACCAUUGAGUUCAGCGGGGAUAAGGAUGCCAGCCCAGCCAACUAUAUCAGGAAACUUAAGGAGAUUCAGCAAUUUCCAGGAACUGCUGGAAUAUUACUAGCCAUUGGGUUGCAAUGCCAUUUUUCAGUUGGUGUGCCAAACCUUGCUUACAUGAGGUCAGGUCUAGAUCUUCUUGCUGCAACCGGACUUCCCAUAUGGCUCACAGAAACCAGUGUGGAUCCUCAGCCAAAUCAGGAGAUCGAAUCUAAUACAAUACAAGUACAAAACAAUGCUCCCAUUGGGCCAUUACAUCACCUGAGAACUCAUUUUGUAAUCCAAUACAAAAAUAAAACUCAAUAAAAGUCCUAGCAGCUAAUGCAAUCUUGAUUGCAAGUCUACCUUUCCUAUGUAAUCAAUUGAUUGCCAGACUAAACUACAAAGUUGUAGAAUCAUCUCCUCCUUGAAACUGAGAUCUCUGGACAUAAAUGAAGAACAAAGCAAUGUAUAGUUGUGUGAAUGAUUCAGAUUUAAGGAAGAGGAAAGGGAAGGAAGGUACAUGGAAAAUGGAUUGUUGGACCUGCCACAUCUUUGUUGUGUAUUGUUGGUAGAACAUGGAAUGAAGGAGCUUGUCAUGUGAUCCUUCACCAAAUCUCAUACUUCUGAUACUUCUAUUGUUUCCAUCACAUGCUAAUAUGGAUCAUGUGACUAAUCACAUGAUAUUAACUGGGUUUCCAUCAUUGACUAUAUUACUUUUUUAUUGCUUAUAUUUGUCAAAAGCAUGACAAAUUACACAGCUAAAUAGAGUUGUGUUAGAUUACUUUCCAGAAAUCUGAAAGUUCGUUUUUCUGGAAGAGUAUUUACAAGUGCAUUAUAUUUCUAGAGUUUAACCAAAUUAGUUUUACUUGCAUUUGUAUAGAGCUCAAUAAUAGGGAACUAUAAUUGCAUGCAUGCAAUCUUCCUGAA